UGCUGUGGAGCCUAAUGAUACAGAAAGCAAGAAGACUUCAAGACCACUCAACUGAACAACACGCCUUCAUCAGAUUAAAGACAUGGACUCAGAACAAAUCCAUGUUGCUGCCCUGGGUCGACCUUUCGCAUUAGGGAUGCUGUAUGAUGCUCGACUAGAUCAACUGAUCACAGACUUCACCCUGUGGGACAGAGAAACUAUAAAAAAAUUCACAACAAGAAAGACCCAGAACAGCAGUCAUUAUGAAACUAUUGCUUCAGACACUAUUGCAGCCAAGACUUCCCUGCUAAAGGCUGAUGAAUCUCUCACAGCCAGUGUUCUGAGUGGUCUAAUUGAUGUUGGAGCAUCUGCCAACUAUCUGAAUGAUAAGAAAGAGUUCAAGAACCAGAGCAGAGUCAUCCUUCACUACAAAGCAACAACAGCGUAUGAACGACUGGACCUGAACCACCAAGAUGCCAAGAAACUGCAAGCAAGAGAUGUCAUCAAAUAUAGCCAUGCAACACAUGUUGUCACAGGCAUCCUUUAUGGCGCGAAUGCCUUCUUUGUGUUUGACAGUGAAAGAUUGGAUAUUAGCAGUCUGCACAGCAUGGAGGGCAGCAUGCAAAGCUUGAUAAAGAAGAUCCCAAAGCUGGAUCCUGAAGGUAACAUGGUCAGAAAUCUCAGAGAGGCAGAAAAAAGUGUAAUGGAAAAAGUCUCCUGUAAAUUUUAUGGAGAUUUCAUUCUGGAAAGGAAUCCUACAACAUUUGAAGAAGCAGCAGAUACCUACAGAAACCUUCCAGGGCUUCUUGGAAAAGAUGGAGAGAAAUCGGUUCCUGUUAAAAUCUGGCUGUCUCCUCUAAAGAACCUGGAUUCUGCUGCAGCUCAGCUGAAGGGAAGCAUUUCUGAUGUUGUACUCAGAAAAGCUGAAAAUGUUUGGGAAGGUAUUAGAGAAAUACAAAUGCGAUGCAAUGAAUCACUGGAAGGAGACGUAGUGAAGACCUUUCCACAAUUACACAAUAAGUUAAAAUCUUUCCAGGAUCUCUGUGCAGAUUACAUGAAAACCAUCCAACAGACCAUGCAGGAGAAAAUUCCCCUUAUUCGUGAAGGGGAAGAGGAAGAAGAGGAAUCAUUAGAAAAAUUUCUAGAUGAGCAGGAAAACUCUCCCUUCAGCAAGAAAAACUUAAACAUGUGGCUUGAUAAUUUAGACAGAGAAAUCAACGUCAUUGCCUCCUGUUUGGACAUAAUGAAGGGAAUCAAGAUCAUCCCAGAGAAGUCAGACUUAGAUAGAGAAGUCUUGAGUGUAGAAAACGCCCUCUGCUUUGUUUUUACCUCGAUUGAAAUGAGUGACGCCUACAUGGACCAGAUGGCCAGUUAUUUUAAAGAAACUCCAAACUUUGUUACUCUACCUGCCAAAGACCAGUGGUUCUUCUCAGAUGAGGUCUUAGAAAACAUCAAAGAGAAAGCAAACAUGAUUUCGGAAACAGCUAAAGGCCUUAGGAGCAGCAGCAGAUUUCAUUUUCUUGUAGCAGCACUGCCAAAUGAGGAGUACACAGGAGCAACUAUCUACCAUUACAGGAAAGGAGUGCUGAAAACCAAAGACUUUGCAAAACCUGCCAUUCAUCGAGUGAGAAAUGUAACAGAUAAACAAGAUCUAAUGUGGUACUCUUGUGAUCUCACCUUGGACCCAGAAACUGUGAAUGGCCACCUCACUCUCUCUGCAGGAGACAAAAAGGCCACAUGUGGACCACGAGAAAAGUAUUCUAAAACAGAGAAGAGAUUUGAUUCGUAUCCCCAAGUUCUCUGCAGGGAACGUCUUACAGGCUGUCAUUACUUUGAAGUAAUCUGGAGCAGUGAAAAUACUAAAGAGCUUGGUGUAGGUCUUGCAUAUGAAAGCAUUCCAAGAAAAGGAAGUGGUAGAUACACUGGAUUUGGGUACAACAAUGUCUCCUGGUAUUUUGGUGUCAAUGGUGAUGUACUCCGUGCAUGGCACAGUAAUAGUAAAAAAUGGCAAGCUGCACUUCCCGCUGGGUGUAACAAAAUUGGGGUGUAUUUGGAUUGGCAGUCUGGCACUUUGUCCUUCUACCAAGUCUCCUCUGACACCUUAAACCACCUGUACACUUUUGAGAACCGAUUCACUGAAGCACUUUACCCAGGUUUCUACAUCUAUGACACGUCCAACUUUGCUGUGUUCUGCACAGUUUAAGGGGAACUAUAUUCAUUUAUAUGAAUGUGAUGUGUUUACACUAAAGAAGGUAAAUAACAAACAAAGGUCAUAACCAGAUGAUGAAUAUAAAGAUAAAUAUCUUUGAGCUCUUCUUAACCCACUAAAUCGAGUUUUAGAUGGGUUAGAGAUAUUAUGAUAUUUUGUGUGACUUAAAUCUAGCCAAAGUCACUUUUUAGUUAUUUCUUAUACACUCUUUUAAGGUCCACAUUUGUGUGACAAUUUUUUCUAUGAUCUUUUUUGCUGCUGUAAACACCAGAAUCUCCCUUUAUGGGACAAU